CACCAUGCUCUGCUCGCGCGGCCGCUUCCGGUGCAGGCAGCACUUCCGGGCGCAGGGGCCGAGCGGGGCCGGAGGGAAAUCAUCCUGAGGCAAAGACCAAGCAUUCCAGCCCAAAUGAUUGAAGUCUGGCAAGGUUAUAAAGACUUGAAAACAGUGGACUAAAGUGGAAAGGCUAUGAUUUGAUUGUCACCAGGGUGCAUAAUGGAGCCCUUAACCCUUUCAGAGCCACAGCCUUCCCCACAAAACAGCUUGCCCACACCACAAAAGACGUACCAUGUGCUGGUGGGUGUUACUGGAAGUGUGGCUGCCCUGAAGUUGCCUAUUCUUGUCUCAGAAUUGCUGGAGAUUCCUGGGCUGAAAGUGCGUGUGGUAACAACCGAGAGGGCAAAACAUUUCUACAACCCCCAGGAGAUUCCUGUAACCCUCUACAGUGACACUGAGGAAUGGCAGCUGUGGAAAGGGCGUACGGAUCCAGUCCUCCACAUCGACUUGAGGCGCUGGGCCGACCUGAUGCUAGUGGCUCCUCUUGAUGCAAAUACACUGGCAAAAAUAGCAAAUGGCAUCUGUGACAACUUACUGACCUGUGUCAUACGCGCGUGGGAUAUGACUAAACCCCUGCUGUUCUGCCCUGCUAUGAACACAGCCAUGUGGGAGCAUCCUAUUACAGCUCAGCAGGUGGAGCAACUAAAGGACUUUGGCUACACAGAGAUCCCUUGUGUGGUGAAGAGGCUGGUGUGUGGGGAUGAAGGUCGAGGUGCCAUGGCAGAAGUAUGGACCAUUGUGGAGAAGGUGAAGGCGAUCCUUUCAGAGCGGGACUUGCUGACACAGAGCUGAUUCCUUGAUAUGUGGAGAUGCAGACAUCAAACAUAAACCAAAAAGAACUUUUGACUCUGCCCGGCAGUAUGCUGCAGAUCUUAGAAUCAGCACGUUUGGCCGCUCUGGAAAGCCUGGAGCAGCUGUUCCCAAGAGACUUUAAUGCUCCUUUUGAAAUUGAAAAAUAACUACGUGAUGUGAGAAAGUUGGGAAAUCCUGACCAUGGACACCAGCCUUUAGACUUGCAAGGGUCCCACAAGUUCAUUCUCCUCCUUUGAAAUGCGAUCCUUCCACCUGAAGGUGAUGGGAGUGGACUGGGGAGGGUACUGCAGUCAGCAGACCACGGGGGUUUGUUUACAGAUACUACAUUUAUUUUUAACUAGUCACAAUCAAAUGUAAGGCCUUCUGUACAGAACCUACAUAUUAGGCAACCUUUGAGCUCCUUAGCAUGAAAGGUUAUCAUGGAGUGUUUAGUUUCCUUAUCGAUGCUACACAAAUAAAAAGGCUUCUGAACUUUCCCACUUUGGCUUCUUUACUGAUGUAGAGCAGGCCCCAUGGGGGCCCAGAUUUGCUGAGGAUAAGGACAGAUGAGAGUCUAAUGUCACAGCCUUAAGAGUAGCAGGGAUGUUCAGCUGGGUGAUACUGUUCCACAGUAGCAGUUAGAAUCCUCAUUUUAGACUGGUGGCCUGGUGGCUUCUGCCUCUAGCAGUGCCACAUUGUAAGGGUGACUGAGUUGUGGGGUUUCCCCGUGUUUGUGGGAAAAGUCUCUUAUUAUCAGUCUGUUAGAAUAGCUUUGUGAUGCUAACACAGGGCCUGAUCCAAAACCCAUUGACAUCACUAGAAAAGACUUCCAUUGACUUUACUGGACUUUGGAUAAGGCCCUCACUGAGUGACUACAGAACCUUUGAAGAGAGAAUGUGUUCUGCUAGUGGUUAUAAUGGAAUGAGAAUUGGGACUCUUCGGUUCUGUUCCUGGUUGUGCGACUGAUUUGCUCAAUGGGAUUGGAAAAAUCACUUACCCUAUAUGUGCUGCAGUUUCCUCAUCUGCCAAAAAAAAAAA